UAUGUAUUUAUGUCAUACCUUUUAAUAAAGCUCGUAAUAGCAGAUGCAAAUUCGUACAAAGUGGUUGUAAGUGAUAAGUUUUCAGUAUUUCGAUUUGACGCCUUUGAAUUUGAUACUCGAAGAUCGAAACAAUGUUAA